AUUUUAUUGUAUUUGAUGCCUGUUGGAAACUCGAAUUGUCUCGUCCUGACUCAUAAAGUUUUACUUCCCAUGUUGUAUGCAGGUGUUUCCUUGAAGACUCAAGAACUCUAUGCUCUUGUUUUUGCAACCCGCUAUUUGGAUAUCUUUUUCAACUUCAUCUCGUUUUAUAAUACCAUAAUGAAGUUAAUAUUUUUGGGUAGCUCUUUCUCAAUUGUUUGGUACAUACGGCGCCACAGGAUUGUUCGGAGAUCAUAUGAUAAGGACCAAGACACAUUUCGCCAUUUAUUUCUCCUGCUCCCCUGCCUGCUUUUGGCUCUGGUUAUAAAUGAGAGGUUCACUUUUAAAGAGGUGCUGUGGACAUUUUCUUUAUAUUUGGAAGCAGUCGCCAUACUUCCUCAGCUGGUGCUGUUGCAAAGGACAAGAAAUAUUGACAACUUAACAGGGCAAUAUGUUUUCCUCCUUGGGUAAUAAACUAACUUAACCU